AUGCCUACACCAACCUCUCUACAAGUAAUAGGCGGACCAAGUAUUUGUAGUGGCGCAAACAGCACGUUCCAUGGAAAUGGAGGAAAGAUUGAAAUUCCCAAAGAUUGUUUGUCAUCUGUGAAAUUUGAGGAAGAACGAAGCGUUACUUUUACAAUUCAUGAUUCAACGUUUGAUGGGAAAUCCACUGUUACACCUUCAUCUGUUCUUGGUCUAAAAGGAGGACAAAACCUACAUACAAUUACGGUUCAUUGCAAACCUCUAUCUGACAGUGGCAUGAAUGUUUAUGUGGUACAUGGUGUUGGUUUGGCAACACCAGAACCUAUUAUUCGAACUGAGCUUGAGAAAGUUGAAAUGAGACUGAAAUCAGAAAAAUAUGACUCGUACAAGGAUGUUACUGAAUUACCAGAUGUAUCUACAGUUUAUAUUGGAGACAAAUUCUACAUGUAUCUUGUUUACCUAGGAAAAGACCAGUAUAGUGUUAUCCCAACGGAAUGCAAAGCGUUCGAGGGGGCAUAUGCCUCUGAACCUUCAGUCAACAAAUUGGACCUGUAUACAAAAUCAAGGUAUUUUGCAGUAGAAUAUUAA